AUGUCCUUCAAUACCAGCCCGACUCCGGACAAGGCCGGGCGGUGGAUUGUAUCAGAGUUUGGUGGUCCGUCUGUCAUGAAAUGGGAGACAUGGGAGCUUCCGACUGAAAUCUCUCCCGAUGAUGUCCUAGUGCGCAUCAUUGCGGCUGGCAUCGCCGGCACCGACAAUAUUCAACGGGCAGGGGGCUACCCAGACCCUCGCACCGCUAAUCCUGGCUUCACUCCAGGCUACGAGCUUGUCGGAGAAGUCGUGAUCAUUGGUUCUUCAGCAGCGUCCAAAAGUACCCUGGCCGUUGGCGAUCGCGUUGCCUCCAUAUGUGUCGUGGGAGCUCAUGCCACACAUGCUGUCCUGCCUGUUACAGAACUCAUCCCCAUAGAGGCAACCGAUGACCCGGUCUUAGUCUGUGCACUUCCGCUAAACUACAUGACGGCUUGGGGGAUGCUAAAGCGCAGCGGCGUUGACCUCACACCUGGAUCGAGCGUUCUGAUCGGUUCGGUGAGUGGAGGGAUCGGUACUGCUGUUGCACAACUCGCACAAGCCUUCAAUCUGAACCUCAAGUUGAUUGGAACAUGCUCUGCUUCUAAGUUCGACUACGUUAAAUCUCUGGGUGUUACUCCUGUUGAUCGUCGAGCUCCUGAUCUUGUCGCCCAAGUCAGGGCGUUGACCGACGGGAAAGGAGUCGAUGUUGCGUACGACGCCGUGGGCAGCGAGCAAAGCCUUCUUCAGAGCUAUCAGGCGACUAAGGAAGAGACCGGGAAGGUGAUUGUUAUCGGAGUCAUGGACGAAAUCAAGGCUAACGGGACGGGGAUGGCGAGCAGCCCUUCGGCUCUUCAUGCCCUGCUUGGCGCGCGGAUGCAGCCGAGGACAAGCUUUUUCAGCGUCAUGACGGACCAUUACCUGAAAUCGAAGGAAUUGUUUUUGGAAGAUUUCAACGCAAUUCUGCGAAAGGUCAGGACAAAGGAAUUGAUCCCGAAGGUCUUUAAGGUUGUUCGUUUAGCCGAUGAGGUUCAAGUUCAGGAAGAACUCAUUUCGGGUAUAAAUGUGAUGGGAAAGAUGGUGUUUGCGGUAGAUGAGAAGCUUGCAAAACAGCACGGCUUGUGA